AUGGUCGUGAAAAGAAACUGCAGCAGAAGUGGAGCUGGAGGAAAAGGGACCACUCUGUUCAAGUACUUCCCUGUGAUGGAUGUGAUUCUGGGCCAGAGACCCAUCGUCACAUCCUUAAACACUGUGCUUAACAGCAUAGGGAAUGAAGAGGAAGAGGAGGAUCCAGAUGUUGGAGCUCUGGAGGAGGACAUGUCUCACGAUUUAGCAUCGUUUGAAGAUAAUCCACCUGCAACACCACCGAAUCCUCCAAGCACCAGUGUGGCAGAAGAUGAGGUUGGAGAUGGAAGAAGCGGAAGGUGGAGAUGCCCAAGAAGCAGAAGAUCAUCUCUGCAGAGUGUCCUCAGAGAGCCAGCACAGCAGGAUAAUGCUGUCUUGAACAACAUCGCCCAAGUUCUUGCUCGAGCCAUGGACUGUUUUGAGCGGUCAACAGCAGCUGCUGAACGCCAUGCUUCUGCCCUCGAGGCCUUAGUUGGCCGCCACAAGCAACCACAUCCUACUCCCAACUACCAACAACACCCACAGGCCCCCUACUUCCAUCAGCAUCAUCCUCCAGCACAACACCCUCAGUUCACACAACCACAGCAGUCACAAUACCAACAUCAGGCAAUGUUUGAGUCUGAGCCAGCGACCUCCUCACAAAGCCACUCUCCGUCGUACCAAACACUGUAA